CGCUGUUUUAAUGUAACACCGAUGAGCACCGAUCGCGGCGAAAAUGAACAAGGGCUGCUGGAAAUUCGACGAGGAAGACAAAGCCUUGUAUAUAGACCUGGAGGAGGACACGGAGGAGGAUAAGCUGUGCAAGGAGUACAGCUCUUGGGACCAGACGCCGGAUAUCUUGCUGGAGGAGAUAUUCUCGUACCUGACAAUCCGUGAGCGUUACUAUGCGUCUCUGGUGUGUCGAUCCUGGUAUCGCGCCUUCAAACUGCAGAAUGUGUGGUCCACCUUCACCCUGGAGGACACCACCCUCACGCGGGGCAAGUUCAACUACUACAGUGGCUGGCAGUAUGUUCUGGAUCAUAUGAGAACAUCCACCUGCUUGAACAAGGUCGGCCGCAACUUUCGCUCCCUCAUAUUCGAGCCUAUGUUGAACUUUUACAAUCUCUAUGAGUUCAUGAACAUGAUAUCUUGGUAUGCUGAGCAUCAAGGCUCGGACAAUACCUCUGUAGCUGGUGUGGGCACUUACAUUCGCAGGCUGAAGUUUACUUUUCCCUGUAACAUGGCGAAUAGAGAUGAUCCAGAUCGGAUCAGAGUCUUUGGCACAGGUGGCAAGCUGCUCGAGGCACUCAAGAGGCUCAUGAGAAACUUGCAGAAUCUUAGAUGUCUGGAAUUGAUAGAUCUGAUGCUCGACAGCAACGAGGCCUUACAUUUGAUGGACGAUAUUUGUACAAAUUGCACUCAAACCUUGUCGAAAUUGAUACUAAUAAAUACCACACGGUACAAUUGCCCGUUAUUGCACGUCGGAGUGUUUGUUAAUUUAAACGUCUUGGUAAUUAGUCCGCAAAAUUUGCACGAAGAUAUAAUAGAAUUAAUAGGCUACACGAAAUUGAGGCAUCUUCAUAUCUUACAAAAUCGAUAUAGUCCAAAGGACACCACCAUUAGAUUGCCAAAGAGAUCAUCUUGGGUAAAGUUGAAAAGCAAUAAUCCUCACUUAAAGGUACACUUUGAAGUAGAAAGUCGUAAACCCACGGAUAUUCUUUUGCCUAUCCACUCAUUUGAACACAAUAUCGUACCAUGUCACAGUAUAGUACUGGAUAAUCCGAAUACACUGACUGUGCCGGCUAUGAUACUCGGCGGAGGAUUCUUCGAGUCGACGAUACGAGUGUAUGCUCUCAAAGGAGUAACGAGAUACUAUUUGCACAGAGAAUUUGCUAUGAGAAUGGAUGAGCCGCUAGUGCAAUUGUGCCGAAUGUGCCCGAACCUGCAUACACUGAUGAUCCGAGAUAAAAUAUCGACGGCCACGAUUCUAGAGAUCGUGUCCACCGCGAAACACUUGCGUUGCUUGUACGUUCGGCGAAACGUAAUCUUGAAGAGAUGCGACAAAGCUUGGUCGAAAAUCCUAGAUUGGUCGCUUGAAUACCAUCGAUGGAUCAAAGCAAAUAGCCGCAGUUACGAGGACACAGAAAGAGAAGUGUCAAGAAUAUUGGGUUAUCGGUGGCACAUGCUGUCUGAGAAAGAGUUUAAAGCGCAGAUAAUCAAUUUGCAUAUAUAAAUCGUCCUUGUGCGUGACGAUUUAUAUGUGCAAAUAAAAAAAGAAGCUCGCUUACGAGUUUCGAAUCCUAAAAUCUUUUUAUAUAAUCACAUUAAUUUAUUAUAUUUAUAUUAUUAAUGGCCACUUUCCAACGUCGGUUAACUUUAACCGAAGGUUUCAACUUGUCGACAAAAUUGCCAAUACGAAUGAAAUAUCGUCAUUAGAAAAGAAAGAUUUCAAAUUUUUGUUACCUUUAAUGACGAUAUUUUAUUCUUCGUAUUAGCAAUUCUGUUAACAAAUUGAAACCGUCGGUUAACAUUAACCGACAUUGGAAAAAAUGGCCCCAAGUCUUUUAUGAAAUGAGACUGUAGAUUGUUGACCGUACGUUUAAUGUCUUAUAAUUCGUGUAAUUAUAUACGAUGUUAUUUUUAUGUAACGUUGUUGUUAUUGUGAUUGUAAAAUUUAUAAUCGAGAUAGAUCGAAAUGUACUUAAUUAAAGUUGUUACUUGUUGUACAAUACCGUGAUUGUUGUUCUAUGUUCUAUGUAUAAAAUGACUGUGAUCAACGUUUCUAAUCGCGGAAGAUAGCAGGAUGUGCUAAUAUAUUUUGGACUGUUCUGUACAGAAAGUUGUAUGAUAAGUGUAACAAUAAUAAAACAUAAUAAGAAAAUAUAACAUAAUUCGUGUUCAUCCUUACAAUCUGUUUAUUGGAACGCGUUAUUACAAUUUACACCUGUUUAUGUACAAUGCUGGUAAGUAUAUCGUCACCCCAAUUAUAUAUCCAUUAUUGUUAACAUGCGAAAUAAUUCCGAAGAUAGCGAUUGCAGGUGUUUGCAUCUUACAAUCAAAACUAGUUUCAAAACAAUUCCGUCCAUAGCAAUUAAAACACUGUAUAACACCUUGAUGUACCAGUUAACAUACAAUAUACACCCAAGAAACAACAGCGACGAUAAUAACAGUUCAAACAAUAUCACAUUGAUUAAUAUUAGAAUUGAUAAAAUCAAUUGUACAUGCCGAAAUCAUUUAGCUACAUAAAACGCGAUCAUUGUUAUUGCGUCAGCGUUACUGUUUGUAUAUAUACAUAUAUAUUUAGACUUGUAUAUACACGUGGACUUCAUUAAAUAUUUAUUAUUAAAUAAAUAUAGCGUCAAGAUCAAUCUCAUGUAUUCAUAUUGACAGAGAUUUUUGUAAAGAGCGAAACGCACACGUGGAGUAUCGGUAAAAAUUUUGACUUGAUGCCAAGAGAACAGUAAUUUGCGCUAUUAAAUAUAGUUGCAAUAAAUUAACAGGAAAUUUAAGUAUACUUGCAUUACACUAAAA